AUGACAAGAGGAAGACUAAUAUUAUUUGAAGGGUUGGAUAGAACAGGCAAAACUACUCAGUCAGAAGCUUUAUUAAAAUACUUAAAUUUGCAAGGAGAUCAGAGUAGUUCUAGUAAAAGAUGUGAAUUGAUUAAAUUUCCAGAGAGGUCCACUCCAAUCGGCAAAUUGAUCAAUAAUUAUCUAGUUGAUAAAUCUUUCAAAUUACCAGAUCAAUCAAUUCAUUUGUUAUUUUCUUCGAAUAGAUGGGAACUAACUGAGCAGAUUAAAUCAAGCUUACAGAAGGGAAAUGAUGUACUAUUGGAUAGAUAUGUGUUUUCCGGUAUAGCAUAUUCUCUAGCAAAAGAUACUGAGAGGAUGGACUUCGAUUGGUGUUUGAGCCCUGAUAUUGGUCUAAUUAAACCUGACUUGACUAUUUUUUUAACUACUGACUCGGACAUCUCCACUUCAAAUCAAAUAAAUAAUAGGUCUGGCUUUGGUGCAGAAAGAUACGAAAAAUCGGACUUCCAGCUAAAAGUGAAAGCUAAGUUUGAUAUCGUAUUUAAUUACUUUUUUAAGGAUUAUACAAAGUCAUCAUCGGCAACAACUUCAAAUAUGUAUACUUCCAGUGAUGGAAUUACAACAUUAUUAAAAGUUAAUGUUAUCGAUAAGGAUAUCCCUACUGUUUUUAAAGAAAUUACUAAUUGUGUUAAUGAUUUUAAAUUAGUAACUGAUGAUUAUAAAUAUUUUUAG